UUGGAGGAGAGAUAUACAACAAGAAAAACAAUGGAAAGGCGUUGCAUAUGAAGUAUUUUGGAUAUUAACGCAAAGCAGUUCUUCAGUGAAGUUCAAAGCUUAUCCUUUACAAACAAGUGUGCCAUUAAAGAUCUGCAACCAGAAGAGUUACUUUGAAAAUAUGUUACGAGAAUAUUUACGAAUUGACUUUGAUCUGUUGCUUCAUAUAGAACAAUGGAAAGCAGCACAUCAACAUUUUACAAAAAUGGAUUCUAAGUUAACAGCAGUGCGAGUUCUGAAGCAAGAGCCUUUCGAAAAUGUAGUAUCCUUUAUUUGCAGUCAAAACAAUCAUAUUGGAAGAAUUUCAUCUAUGGUACGUUGGAUUUGCACAAAAUAUGGCACGAAAAUUGGUCAUUUUGAUGGAGCAGAUGAAUACACUUUUCCUACAUUAAGCCAAUUAUUACUACACCAAAAUGAAUUGGAAUCGACGUUAAAAGAAGCUAAAUUUGGUUACAGAGCUAAAUAUAUAUCUCAAGCAGUUAAAAAGAUUCAUGAAAAUGGUGGUAAUAAUUAUUUAAAUGGAUUAAAAAGUAUACCGUAUUACGAAGCACGCUCAGAACUAUCAAAAAUAUCUGGAAUUGGUCUAAAAUGUGCAGAUUGUAUUUGUUUAAUGUCGUUAAAUCAUUUAGAAGCAGUUCCUAUCGAUGUUCAUAUGUUCAAGACAGCGAAGACCUCAUACAUGCCACAUUUAUCUACGUCUAAAACAAUGACAACAAAAAUUUAUAAUGAUAUUGCAAAUCAUUAUCGUUCCAUAUAUGGACCUUUCGCUGGAUGGGCUCAAGCAGUUCUUUUUUGCUCCAGUUUACAACAGUCUAAAGUCAAAGUUGGAAAUAAACUCACUAAAUCGAAAGUAAUAAAAGCAAAUAGAUAAUCUAAA